AUGUUUAAUGUUGGCGCUGCCCAUAUACACAGCGCUGCAGAACACUAUCAUACGGGCAAAGUGCCCUCUGCCAGCUCGGCACACAGAGCAGACAUUUACACAGCGCUGCAGAACACUAUCAUACGGGCAAAGUACCCUGUGCCAGCUCAGCAGACAGAGCAGAAAUGUUUAAUGUUGGCGCUGCCCAUAUACGCAGCGCUGCAGAACACUAUCAUGUGGACAAAGUACCCUGUGCCAGCUCAGCACACAGAGCAGAAAUGUUUAAUGUUGGCACUGCCCAUAUACACAGCGCUGCAGAACACUAUCAUACGGGCAAAGUACCCUGUGCCAGCUCAGCACACAGAGCAGACAUGUUUAAUGUUGCGCUAUUGUGCCAAUGUUUGA